AUUCGCGUACCCCCAAUCCGAUCAACUAGACUGCCCUCUUGGUGUCAAUAUUUGACACCUUUGUUUUGGGGGGGCAGAAACAGCACACAACAAACAUGCCACACAAGCGAUUUUAUGUGCGCGUAAAGCUGCAUUUGCAUGCGCUCACCUGCCCGGGCGUUUGGCUAUGCUCACACGGCUACAUGGAGGCAACUGUAAAGACACUUGGCUAUUACUUUCGCACCGGCGCUAUGGACCCGCACUUUCCAAUGCUCUGCCAUGAUCAGUUCACAAUGGAGGGCUACUUUAAAAAUUCCAGUUCUCUUGAGGAGUUGCGCAAACUACUGGCCGCUGAGCAAUUGGAAAUUACGUUGUGGCAGAAUGGGCGCCGUUUGGCCUAUUUUGUUGGCCAGCUUGUCGAUGUGGUUCAGCCGACAGUGCCGCGUUUAAGUUGCGCCCACAGCGGUAAUGUUCAGCUGCUAAUGAAGGCCACGCCAGCUUUCCCCGGAAUACUGGCACCUAAGGUGGAGCUGUCAGCGCAAGUAACUACAGAUGACCGGCAAUUUAGAAAGAGCUCAGUGGGAGACAUUCGGUCCUUAGAGGACAAGGAUGCUUUGAUCGCAAUAGACCGACCUGGAAAUCGCCAUAUUGACAGCCGCUGCCUAAGUCGCUUAGAGCUACGACGGAAGCAGCAAACCGUGUGUCAUGCCAAGGAAACUAAUUGUUAUUUGGCAGGUUGUAGUUGCGCCAAGAGCAUGUCUACCACAAGCUACUCCCCGAUCCAAAAUCGUCGAUUGUCCAAUUCCUCCAGCCUGAUCAGUAGCAACUCCUUUACCAUGAGUCAGGAUUCAAGUGCCUCGGACUGUCACCACUCUUGCGAAACAGCUGACAUUGUCAGCGAUGCCGACGAGCAUCAGCGCAAUUGCAAUAUCUGCCAGGCUUACAGUCGCGUCUUUGACAGGCUUAAAAACCACAAUAUCAAAUAAAAGAGCACUUGCACAUUAACUUA